AUGUUCAGUGGGUUUAUCCUCCUUGGGUUUUCUGUUGACCCUCAGACCCAGAUUCUGCUCUUCAUGUUGUUUCUGAUGAUUUACCUCCUGACCCUGUUGGGGAACCUGGUAAUGCUGCUGGUUAUCAGAGUUGAUCCCCACCUCCACACGCCCAUGUACUUCUUUUUGGGACUGCUCUCCUUUCUGGACAUCUGCCAUUCAUCUGUCACACUCCCCAAGAUGCUGGAGAAUCUACUUUCUGAAAGUAAAACCAUCUUUGUAGAGAGCUGCCUGGCUCAGGCCUUCUUUGUGUUUGCCACCGGGGGCACUGAGGCACGUCUGCUGGCUGUGAUGGCCUAUGACCGCUAUGUAGCCAUCAGCUCCCCUCUGCUCUAUGGCCAGGUGAUGAACAACCAGCUCUGUACUGGGCUGGUGUGGGGCUCCUGGGGCCUGGCCUUUGUUGAUGCUGUCAUCAACAUCCUUCUGGCUGUCAAUUUAGACUAUUGUGAGGACCAAACUAUUCCCCACUUCAGCUGCGAGCUGUCUUCUCUCUUCCAUCUUUCUUGCUCUGAUACCUCCACCAAUUUCACACUCUUGCUCUGCUCUUCUGUCUUCCGUUACUUUGGAACCUUAAUUUUAAUCUUCUUCUCUUAUAUCUGCAUUGUCUCCACCAUCCUGAGCAUCAGCUCCACCUCAGGCAGAAGCAAGGCCUUCUCUACCUGCUCCUCCCACCUCACUGCAGUGAUCCUGUUCUAUGGCUCAGGUUUCCUCAGUUAUCUCUUUGCCAACCUCAGGUUCCUCCUGGAGAUGAUCUUCCCUUUACAAUACAGUGUGAUCACUCCCAUGCUGAAUCCCCUCAUCUAUAGCCUUUAG